ACACGACGUGCUUGACGGUGUGAUCCUCGGGUCCACGAAAGUCUUCCCUUCUCCUGUCGCCGACUUCCCAAUUCCAAUGGGCUGGUCCUAAAUUCCGUCCAAUAAAUUGCCAUCACACUCAACAAAUUCGUCUCAAAACAGAUCCACCGCUCCCAAACCCCAAACACCGUCCUACUUUGUUCCCAUUCCCUUCCCCAAGCGGCAAUCCCCCCGAUCCGUCCAUGGCGCAAGCGCAACCCCUCCUCCUGCUCGCCCUCCUCGCCGCGACCCUCGCCGUCACCGCCGCCCUGGGCGGCCGCGGCCGGAUAGUCGGCGGGUGGGGCCCCAUCGGGGACGUCACGGACCCGCACAUCCAGGAGCUCGGCGGGUGGGCGGUCACGCAGCACGCCAAGCUGGCCGGCGACAGGCUGCAGUUCCGCCGGGUCACGCGCGGCGAGCAGCAGGUGGUGGCCGGUAUGAACUAUCGCCUCUUCGUGGACGCGGCGGACGGCGCGGGGAAGAGCGCGCACUACGUCGCGGUGGUGUACGAGCGGUCCUGGACACGCACCCGCCAGCUCACCUCCUUCAAGCCGGCGGACAACUAAAUGAGCCGCCCGCCACCGCUGCGCAUGGAUCUCUCUGCAUCUAGCGGCCACAUGAUCUCCGCUCAGGCUCCGCUGGUUAAUCUCGUCUGCUUUUCCUUAAUCUGGUGGUAGUAUACUGUAACAAUAAAUAAGAGCUUUUACUUUGAGUCGUGAGGUUUGGUCGAUUGUGAGAGGUGCACUUCAUCCUGACUUUGCUAUACUAGUAUACUGAAUAUCACUGCUAAAUAAAACUGUGAGUACUCCAGAUCGCUGUAAUGGACGGCUCAUUUGUGUCU